AUGACCAAGCAGGGCUGGAAGGAAGGCCAAUCCCUGGGGAACCGUUCUUCCGUGCACGUUGGACUGAACGACGUCGAUCGCCUCGCAGCAGCCCGUGUCGGCGUCCUAUUCAAGGAUAAUAACCUGGGUUUGGGUGCGAAGCACAAAAGUAAAGACCUUGAGGGCCAGAGGACAGGUUUGGAUGCGUUUCAGGGCUUGCUUGGACGCCUGAAUGGGAAAAGUGAUCAGGAAUUGCAGAAAGAAGAGAAGAAAGUUGAAGACCGGAAAUUAGAGAUGUAUGUCAAGGGCCGCUGGGGCGGCAUGGUGUUCGUCAAAGGCGGCACCCUUGUUGGCGACAGAGAUUUCGGCACAGGGGACAAAAUUCAAGAAACCACCGACUCGCAAGAAGACAGUUCAACACCAGAUAAAUCGACUUCGGAGCGAGAAGACGAAACUACCUCGGCAGAUACCCACGCCGAGAAAAAGCAGCGAAAAGAGGAAAAAAGACAACGAAAAGAAGCUAGAAGAUUACGACGAGAAGAGAAGGCCUUGCGCAAAGCAGCACGAAAAGUGAAGCAACAACAAGAUGGAGCACCACAAUCGGACAGCGGUGAUGAAGACGGCAAGAACAACACCGACGCUGAGCAGGUUCCAUUCAUGGGUCACAAAACCUCCCCAGCUCAUGCCCCAGACGAGCCUAUGUCUUCUUCCUCGUCGGGCAAUGAGGACUCGCAAUCUUCCACGCUAAAACGAAAGCGGUCCUCUUCGAAGAUUGUUGUUCCCCUGGAGCCGUCCAAACAAAAGUCGCCCCCGGCGUCCACAACACCUCAGCGCAACGGACGACAUCUGCUCCGUGGGCGCAAUAUUCAAGCAAAGAAGAUGGCUUUUGCAGACAUGAAGGGCCUAGAUGAGAUCUUUAUGAAGACUGGAUAG